AUGACUUCUUCUGGAAGUGUCUCGUUCUGGGAAAGAAUAACGGGCGCUUGGACAUCGUUCAAAGCCAAGAAGGGAUUGGAAGAAUACGCCGCUGUUUCAACUGAAGAUGGCGGAGAGAACGGAAGAAUCAUGCUUCCCAACACCCCUCUUCCAAAUGGAGAGAGAGAGGACGGAAACCCCUUAUUGAAGAGGCGGAGGCGCUACUGUGUCUGCUGCGGUGUCGACUUCUCGUUAUUCUGGAAAGCCUUCGGAGCUGUUGCCGCUCUCUGGCUGGUCUAUGCCCUCUUUAGCGGAGGGCUGUCUUUCCCCUCUUCUCCGGCAGUUACUGACAGUCGCCCGGAAGGCAUGCCGGCUUUCGGUAGUUCACUCGGCUGUGCAAACUCCCAAUUCUUCUUUAAAGAUUCGUCCCGAGGCUUCCCCUUCAGCGUACCCGUCAACGACCAACAAGACCACUCCAUCAAGCUCCUCGGUGGUGGAGUUGGAACAAUCACAAUCGUCAACGCAGAGCCAGAUGCUCGAGACGUUUCCUACAACAUCGUUGUCCGUAGUACCGACAAGCACGCUGCCGACAACACCGUCUUUGAAAUCGAGAGCGCGGCCCAAGAUACUGGAUUAGGCACGGCUCUGCGGUUCGCUACCCAGCAGCUUCCUCGAGCAGAAGUCGAGGCCGGAACAGCUUGCCUCCGCUACGACAUUGUCAUGUCCGUCCCCUCCAACGUCAAGAUCCUCAAUAUCCACUCUCGCUCUACCGCCCAAGUCAAGUUCGCCGAUGACCUUCGCUUAGACUUGAAGAAACUCUCUGUGGUGCUCUUCCACCUCGACGACAAGAACAUGAUCCUUCCCAGCAGCAAGGUCUACGCAGAGGACUACAGCAUGGAGAUUUAUCAAGGAUGGAUUGUGGGAGAGGCGACUGUGUCGAGUGAGACUGAUAUCACCAGCCAGAGGAGCAAUGGUGUUGUCAGCGUCAAGGUCUACCAAGCACCUCCCUCCAACUUGCUCAACCCCGAAACGACCAAGCUCUCGACGGCGACUGGCUCAGGAAAGACCGAUAUCACUUACAUCGCCAACGCAGUCAAGAGGCCCUUCCAGAACAGACACUUGUCGGCUAAGAACGGCGAUAUGUACCUCAACUACAAGCAGGCGAGGACCGAUGGGAAGGUCGCGAUGCAUUCCAAGAGGUCGACUAUCAUGGGCGACUUUAACGUCAUCGAGGAUGGGGCCAAGUGGACCCAUUAUGUUGGAAGCGAGGGAGGAAAGGAUAGGAUCGAUGUCUCUUCUGGAGGUUGGACCGGGCUCUACUUCUGA